AGCCAUCUUCCAGCAGCCCCUUGUCCAGUGCUGACCCUUGGGAUCACCCCAAGCAGAGACUGUGGCAGUCAUGGGUGACAUGACCAACAGUGACUUUUACUCCAAAAACCAAAGAAAUGAGUCCAGCCAUGGGGGCGAGUUUGGGUGUACAAUGGAGGAGCUCCGCUCCCUCAUGGAGCUGCGGGGCACUGAGGCCGUGGUCAAGAUCAAGGAGACCUAUGGGGACACCGAAGCCAUCUGUCGGCGCCUCAAGACCUCACCUGUUGAAGGUUUGCCAGGCACUGCUCCAGAUCUGGAAAAGAGAAAGCAGAUUUUCGGGCAAAACUUUAUACCUCCAAAGAAGCCAAAAACCUUUCUGCAGCUCGUGUGGGAAGCACUGCAAGAUGUGACCCUGAUCAUCCUGGAAAUUGCAGCCAUCAUCUCCCUGGGGCUCUCCUUCUACCAUCCACCAGGCGAGAACAAUGAAGGAUGUGCGACGGCCCAGGGUGGGGCAGAGGAUGAAGGGGAGGCGGAGGCAGGCUGGAUAGAAGGGGCUGCCAUCCUCCUCUCGGUCAUCUGCGUGGUCCUUGUCACGGCCUUUAAUGACUGGAGCAAAGAGAAACAGUUCCGAGGCCUGCAGAGCCGCAUCGAGCAGGAGCAGAAGUUUACUGUGAUCCGGGCCAAUCAGGUGGUCCAGAUCCCUGUGGCCGAGAUUGUGGUAGGGGACAUCGCCCAGAUCAAAUAUGGUGACCUCCUCCCUGCUGAUGGCCUCUUCAUCCAGGGCAAUGACCUCAAGAUUGAUGAAAGCUCCCUGACUGGAGAGUCUGACCAGGUGCGCAAGUCUGUGGACAAGGACCCCAUGCUGCUGUCAGGGACACAUGUGAUGGAGGGCUCAGGACGAAUGGUGGUGACUGCUGUGGGUGUGAACUCUCAGACUGGCAUCAUCUUUACUCUGCUGGGGGCUGGUGGUGAAGAGGAGGAGAAGAAAGACAAGAAAGGUGUGAAGAAGGGGGAUGGCCUUCAGCUACCAGCAGCAGACGGUGCGGCAGGUUCAAAUGCUGCAGAUAGUGCCAAUGCCGGCCUAGUCAAUGGUAAAAUGCAGGAUGGCAAUGUGGACGCCAGCCAGAGCAAAGCCAAACAGCAGGAUGGGGCAGCCGCCAUGGAGAUGCAGCCCCUCAAGAGUGCUGAGGGUGGCGACGCAGAUGACAAGAAGAAGGCCAACAUGCACAAGAAGGAGAAGUCUGUGCUGCAGGGCAAGCUCACCAAGCUGGCUGUGCAAAUUGGCAAGGCAGGCCUGGUGAUGUCGGCCAUCACGGUGAUCAUCCUGGUGCUCUACUUCACCGUGGACACCUUCGUGGUCAACAAGAAGCCAUGGCUACCCGAGUGCACUCCUGUCUACGUGCAGUACUUUGUCAAGUUCUUCAUCAUCGGUGUGACAGUGCUGGUGGUCGCCGUGCCUGAGGGGCUCCCUCUGGCUGUCACCAUCUCACUGGCCUACUCAGUGAAGAAAAUGAUGAAGGACAACAACCUGGUGCGCCACCUGGAUGCCUGUGAGACCAUGGGCAAUGCCACGGCCAUCUGCUCAGACAAGACUGGCACACUGACCACCAAUCGCAUGACAGUGGUGCAGGCCUACAUCGGCGACGUCCACUACAAGGAGAUCCCUGACCCCAGCUCCGUCAAUGCCAAGACCAUGGAGCUGCUGGUCAAUGCCAUCGCCAUCAACAGCGCCUACACCUCUAAGAUCCUGCCUCCAGAGAAAGAAGGUGCCCUGCCUUGGCAGGUGGGCAACAAGACAGAGUGUGGCCUGCUGGGCUUCGUGCUGGACCUGAAGCAGGACUACGAACCUGUACGCACCCAGAUGCCAGAGGAGAAGCUGUACAAAGUGUACACCUUCAACUCUGUGCGCAAGUCCAUGAGCACAGUCAUCAAACUGCCUGAUGAGAGCUUCCGCAUGUACAGCAAGGGGGCUUCUGAGAUCGUGCUCAAAAAGUGCUGUAAAAUCCUCAAUGGGGCAGGUGAGCCCCGGGUCUUCCGGCCCCGUGAUCGGGAUGAGAUGGUGAAGAAGGUGAUUGAGCCCAUGGCCUGUGAUGGCCUCCGUACCAUCUGUGUGGCCUACCGUGACUUCCCCAGCAGCCCUGAGCCUGACUGGGACAAUGAGAACGACAUCCUCAAUGACCUCACCUGCAUCUGCGUGGUGGGCAUCGAGGACCCCGUGCGGCCCGAGGUCCCAGAAGCCAUUCGCAAAUGCCAGCGAGCAGGCAUCACAGUCCGCAUGGUCACCGGUGACAAUAUCAACACAGCCCGGGCCAUAGCUAUCAAGUGUGGCAUCAUCCAUCCUGGGGAAGACUUCCUGUGCCUCGAGGGCAAGGAGUUCAACCGGAGGAUCCGCAAUGAGAAGGGGGAGAUUGAGCAGGAGCGAAUCGACAAGAUCUGGCCAAAGCUGCGAGUGCUGGCUCGCUCCUCCCCCACGGACAAGCAUACCCUGGUCAAAGGCAUCAUCGACAGCACCCAUACUGAGCAGCGACAGGUGGUGGCUGUGACCGGGGACGGGACCAACGACGGGCCUGCGCUCAAGAAGGCCGACGUGGGCUUUGCCAUGGGCAUCGCAGGGACAGAUGUGGCCAAGGAGGCCUCUGACAUCAUCCUGACCGAUGACAACUUCAGCAGCAUCGUCAAGGCCGUGAUGUGGGGCCGCAACGUCUACGACAGCAUCUCCAAGUUCCUGCAGUUCCAGCUGACGGUCAACGUGGUGGCUGUGAUUGUGGCCUUCACAGGUGCUUGCAUCACACAGGACUCCCCUCUGAAGGCUGUGCAGAUGCUCUGGGUGAACCUCAUCAUGGACACAUUUGCCUCCCUGGCACUGGCCACCGAGCCGCCCACUGAGACUCUGCUCCUGCGGAAGCCAUACGGCCGCAACAAGCCCCUCAUCUCCCGCACCAUGAUGAAGAACAUCCUGGGCCACGCUGUCUACCAGCUCACCCUCAUCUUCACCCUGCUUUUUGUGGGCGAGAAGAUGUUCCAGAUUGACAGUGGGAGGAAUGCGCCCCUGCACUCCCCGCCCUCAGAGCACUACACCAUCAUCUUCAACACCUUCGUCAUGAUGCAGCUCUUCAACGAGAUCAACGCCCGCAAGAUCCAUGGCGAGCGCAAUGUCUUUGAUGGCAUUUUCCGGAACCCCAUCUUCUGCACCAUUGUACUGGGCACCUUUGCCAUCCAGAUAGUGAUCGUGCAGUUUGGGGGGAAGCCAUUUAGCUGCUCGCCACUGCAGCUGGACCAGUGGAUGUGGUGCAUCUUCAUCGGGCUAGGAGAGCUCGUCUGGGGCCAAGUCAUCGCCACCAUCCCAACCAGCAGGCUCAAGUUCCUCAAGGAAGCAGGAAGGCUCACACAGAAGGAGGAGAUUCCUGAAGAAGAGUUGAACGAGGACGUGGAGGAGAUAGACCAUGCCGAGAGAGAGCUGCGGCGGGGCCAGAUCCUGUGGUUCCGAGGCCUGAACCGGAUCCAAACUCAGAUCCGCGUCGUGAAGGCGUUCCGUAGCUCUCUCUAUGAAGGUUUAGAAAAGCCUGAGUCUCGAACCUCCAUCCAUAAUUUCAUGGCUCAUCCUGAAUUCCGGAUCGAAGAUUCCCAGCCCCACAUACCCCUCAUCGACGACACCGACCUGGAAGAAGAUGCUGCGCUCAAGCAGAACUCGAGCCCGCCGUCAUCGCUCAAUAAGAACAACAGCGCCAUCGACAGCGGGAUCAACCUGACGACUGACACAAGCAAAUCAGCUACCUCUUCAAGUCCAGGGAGCCCCAUCCACAGCCUGGAGACGUCGCUUUAGCUGAGGACCCCCGGCGCCCGCCCACCCUCACAGACCCCCACCGCCACCCGCCCUCUGGGCACCCACCCACCCAGGCACCCAAGACACCAAGCAGCAACGAGCAACAACGGAAAACCAAACACUGGAGAGAGAACCCACGUUCCCACCCAACAGCCCCUUUCUCUGGCUGCGAUGCUGUUUGAACUCUUCUUUUUCACUCGGAGGCAAGGGGCGGGAUCUCUACCGGGGACUACGGGCGGGGCGUGAGCGAUUUGUCGAAACCGGCCCUUCCUGGCUCCCGCCCACACGUGGACCAGCCAUGCCCCCGCGCGGCCACCAAGUCCCCUGCAUGAAUGUACUGUACGCCUCCAGUCCUCCCCUUGUUUGGUUUUCGGGGAUCGGGGGAGGGGUUUUUUGUUUGUUUUCUUCGGCGGGAAGUGCAAACGGACUGUUUUCUGAGACUAUUUAUCCAAUCCACUGGUCUGUAAGUUUUUGAAAUGCUUGCGCAGCAUGGUCUCAGUUGUAUAGAUUAAUUUAAUAACUUUUUGAAAUUCCAGAGCUUAACUCGCCUAGAUUUGCACCAAUGGAACUGAAGAACUUCACAGACACUCACGAGUUAUAUCCAUUUCUUUGUAUCUAUAUUAACGUAUACUUCUCCAAGACUGUAUACGUCCAUAUAGAUAGGUA